UUCGUACUUGUUCCUAUCGUCAGUCCCUCUCUGUCUGUCUCUCUCCCUCUCCCUCUCUCUCUCUCUUUCGUGUGCCUAGCCAGACGUUCCCUCUCAUCCUCAGGUCGCGAAUCAUUUGCGUGCGUAUAGUUGAUCAACCCGUCGCCGCCCAUCGCAGCGACAGAUCAUCACUCCAACAAACGUAAUCGACCCCGGCAUCGCUUCGAUCCCCGCCCUGCAUCUUGCGUCCGACGGUCAAUGGAUCUGCUCGACCGCUAGCUAUUGUGUCACUCGAGUGCUGCGGGGUUUCCGCACACUGAGGCACUGUAAAGGGGACGACGGCCUCCUCCCACCAUGUCCACCGAAGCACCCGAGCCGCCGCCGUCCCCGACUACCUCAAAAGAACGGUAUGCGACGACGACGACCUCGAAAUCUUCUUAUAACUCCUCACCCCCUCCCAAACCCUUCUCUAGCCUUGCUGUGAGGUGUGCGAACCUUCCAAACUCCUCCGUCAAUGCCAUCUGUGGUGCUGCGGCCGGUAUCGCUUCUGGCAUCGUGACCUGCCCGCUCGACGUCAUCAAGACUCGGCUUCAAGCUCAGGGAGCAUUCCGGCCCCGAAACCAUGGAAGACCUACCCGCGCAGUAUAUCGAGGCCUCGCGGGGACUGCGCGUGUGAUAUGGACAGAAGAUGGCGUCAAAGGUUUAUACAGAGGUCUCGGCCCGAUGUUACUCGGAUACAUUCCGACAUGGGCCGUCUACAUGAGCGUGUAUGAUUACUCUAAGGAUUUUUUCUACACGCAAAUAGACAACAAGUGGCUAUCUCGCAUAUCCGCGUCUAUCACGGCCGGCGCAUGCUCGACGCUAGCAACUAAUCCGAUAUGGGUCAUCAAAACUCGACUUAUGUCCCAAGUGAGCUCCCACACAGCAGAAGAGUAUCGACCGCCAUGGCAAUACAAGGGAACUUUCGACGCAUUCCGCAAAAUGUACAGAAUGGAGGGUAUCGGCGCAUUCUACUCUGGCUUGGCCCCAGCGUUACUUGGUCUUACGCACGUUGCCAUACAAUUCCCGCUCUAUGAAUACUUCAAGAUGAGGUUCACAGGAUUAGAAAUGGGUCAAGCGACGAAUACUGAUGAAGAGGUUCACUGGGUGGGUGUGUUAUCGGCCACGAUUCUAAGCAAAAUUUGCGCAACGUCCGCCACUUAUCCCCAUGAGGUUCUUCGUACCCGUCUUCAGACACAACAACGGUCACUGCCAUCAAGCUCCCACAACGAGAUAUCAUUUCGAGGCGGCCUUCAGGGAGUCGGACAUCAUACUCGUCCGCCAGGGACGGCGUCAUCGGAUGGCAUGGUUAAUAUCCCCAGAUACCGUGGCGUCUUAAAGACAUGCACGACAAUUCUGCAUGAAGAAGGCUGGAGAGCAUUCUACAGCGGCAUGGGAACGAACAUGGUCCGGGCUGUCCCUGCAGCGGUCACAACCAUGCUGACAUAUGAAUCGCUCCGCUCCUGGCAGCAGAGAUUGAAACACGAAAAUGAAGCACUAGAGCACCAGCGUGGUCGUUGAUCUUAUAAUGUCUCCUUACUUUCACUGUUCGGACUUUAAGGCUGCUGAGAGCCUCCGAUAGGCGUUGUCGAUGUUUCCGGGAGCGUGAUAUCCCUAAGUGAGCAUCUGGGUUCUUUUUCAUCUUCUCUGUAUAUGAUAUGUGCAUCAUCUCGACGAGGAGGAUACGUCAAAGCAAUGGAGUUUUCGGUGUCUCUUUUUGGGGGGGUUUGCUAAACUCGGCUUUCCGAAGUUGGCAGAGUCAUGUAAAUGACAAGAAGAAAUAUAUCUUCGUGGAAGGGUGUAUCAUAAUCCAAUGCUAUAUCAUCGUAUUGGCAAGGCACAACAUCAUAGCCUCGCCUCUGAUAGUCGCAUUGAGCCAUGUUCUACAGUCAUGAAAUCACUCGGUUUCCUAGAUUUUAGUAUUCAUGUUUAUUAAUGCCUCAUUGAAUCGCGACUGAUCAUACCAAUUACGUUG